AUGGGUACCUCCAGCAUCUUCCUCUGCAUCCUGUUCCUUGGUGGGGCGCUGGGUCUUGCCGCCUCCCUGGCCCAGACACAGCUCCGCUGUUACACCUGCAACUUUGCCAAACCCUGCUACCCUGUUCCCACCAAGUGUCAGGAGGAUGAAGUUUGUGGCAUCAGUAUUGGUACCUCAGAACAGAGUGAGGUCAUCGAGCGGAAGGGCUGCCUCCCAAGGGCCGAGUGCUCCCUGCAGGGCCACACCACUUACUGGUCCCGCUCCUAUACUCUUCAACACCACUGCUGCGAGCAGGACCUGUGCAACUCGGCUACCACACCGCGUCAGCUCCCCAGCCUCCUCCUCAUCACCCUGCUUGUCCUCCUGGCCAGCUUCACCUGGGGAGGCCAUCAGCCUCCAGUUCAAGACUUCUCUAUUGUCACUGCGGCCCCGGCAACACCGGCACAGAGAUCUUUGGAGAUUUGCCCAAGAACCUGA